AUGCCAGCGUCUGGAAAUAACUUUUUACCACAAAAUAUGAUGCAGCAACAGAACUUAUCUUUACGGCAGCAGUUGUACACAAGUGUGUAUACUACUGUAUAUUCUCCAUGUGGAAAAUAUUUGGCAGCAGGUAAUAAUUAUGGUUAUUGCGCUAUUUUUAGUUUGCCUGGAUCAUUGGCUUUUGAAGCAACAGAAAACUCUUGGAAACCUAUUUUUACUUUUAAAGUCUCUGAAGAUGGCCCUGUUUAUUCAAUGACAACUACAAACAGAGAAUUAAUUUGUGGUUGCAGUGGUUACAUCAAGGCCUGGUUAUGGAGUAAUAUUAUAAAGAGAACAAACAAGUUGGCCUGGUCUUUAAUUAUACCGACAAAAAGCUUUUCUGUAUCUGAAAUCAAUUCUAUGGUUACUGAUGACAGAGAUGGUAAUAAAAAUUUAUUUGCUGGUUGUGGCGACAACCUAAUCUACAUCUUUGAUUUGGAAAACAGUUCAUUAAAAUCAACUUUAUCUGGUCACAAGGAUUAUAUUCACUGUGUUACAAUGUGUAACACUCGGUCAGAAUUUGUAUCAGCUUCUGAAGAUGGUAGUGUUAGAAUUUGGGAUCCACGAAGUAAAAAUGAAGCCAUUCAUAUAAUUGAACCAUACAGAAAUGAGAUGUGUGCCCGACCUGAAUUUGGAAAAUGGCUUGGUUGUGUGACAAUGGAUACUGGAGAUGAUUGGCUGGUCUGUGGUGGAGGGCCCCAACUUUCUUUAUGGCAUAUGCGUUCAUUAUCAGCUACUAUAACUUUUGAAACACCAAACAGCUGUCAGAAACAUGCUUUGAUUCAUGAAGAUACUGUUUUGUCUGCUGGGAGUGAGCCAUAUGUUUUUCACUGGUCACUUAAUGGAGAACUAAAAGCUCAAAUUCCAUGUACCCCAACUUAUGUAUAUAAAGUAGAUGUGAAUACCACUUCAGAAAGUAAUAAGGUGCUGUGUAUAGCAGGUAACAGUUCUAAAAUUGAUGUCUGUACAAACUUUAAUUACAAAGCAUUUUCACUUACAUUUCCUCCAUGCAGCUGA